AUAGUAAUGUUAUUUCUAUUAGCUCUGGUCUCAAUUCUAAAACCGAGAUUUUGUGAACUGUUCAUUUCCGGAUAUGGGGAUUUCGCCGAGAAAUUUUUGAAUGAGAGAUGUGAACCUCAGUGUGUCUUUCUCGAAGCUUUUCUCACCAGUGAAAAUGCUGACCUUUUCCCAACAAACUGCAGUACAAAGAAAAUCUCACUGUGUUAUUUCAAAAUAUGAAACAUCUAAUUGGAAGCCUGUCGGUCACGAUGACUAAUUAUACAAGUGCACGAUUUCUGGCCGGCUUGGAAUCGUUGGAGUGUGGACCUCCGGACAGAAGAAAGAAAAGUCAAGUUGAUAAUGCUGUUCCGCCAUACCUGCAAUUCAAUGGAAACGACGAAAUGCAGGAGCUUGGUCUUCUCAACUUGUCAUCAAUUUCAUGCUCUGGGAUAUUUCUCGAAAACAGGAAUAUGACUCGAAUAAAUGCUCCAAAAUUGAAAAAAAUGAAAGAGUUUGCAAUUCUACGUUUACCUCAACCGAAAUACUAGAUGGGUGCACUCAGAUACUUGGAAAUUUGGUUAUAGGACCAGAAAAUGAAAGCCGUGUUAGCCAACUGAAGAAUGUCAAGGUGAUAUUGGGAGGGUUGUUCAUUAGGAAUACCAGCUUGACUACAAUCGAUUUUUUGGAUAAUUUGAAAUAUAUCCAUGUUUUACAUAGUAUGACCUCAGCAAUAACCGUGGAGCACAACCAUAAGCUGACAAAUUUCUCUUUCCCAAGUCUUAAGAGAGUUCAAACAGACCUACAGGCGCCAAUCAUUUUCAACAACAACACUGAUAUUCUCUCAUCGGACCCAGCAUAUUGCUUUGAGCUUCAAGAUGCAUUGAAUUUAACUGGUUGGCGAGUUCCAUUUUUCGAUGGAAAAACUUGUGACAAAAUUCAAGAGACUGUGCAUCCCAUCACUAAAGAGAGCUUGGAAAAUGGCAUGUUUUUAGAAUCUACAACCCUGGGAGUAUGGGCCACCGUCUUCUAUUUGUUAGCAUUAUUUUAGAU